GUCGACUGCUGCAGAGAGCAAGCCAAGACAGAACCGCCGCUGCAGUAUGGCGCUUCAAGCCAAAAGGAAGCGAAUAAGUCACUCUAAUUCACAAGCUAGACCUUCCACUAGCCAAGUGGACCCCUUUGCCGAUGGCGAUGGCGUCCGUGAGGGAUUUGUGGAAGGGUCUAUACGUCGAAUAAAAAUGCAAAACUUUCUCACGUAUGACCUGGCGGAGGUUUACCCAGGGCCCAACCUCAACAUGAUUGUUGGUGCUAACGGGACGGGCAAAUCCAGCAUCGUUUGCGCCAUCUGCCUUGGCCUGGCCGGAAAAACUGCUAUCCUGGGCCGAGGAGACAAGGUUGGCCUUUACGUGAAGAGAGGUUGCUCGAAAGGCAUGGUGGAGAUAGAGCUGUAUAGGACUGGUGGUAACCUGGUCAUCCAGAGAGAUAUACUUGUGGACAGUAACCAGUCAGUGUGGCAGCUAAACGGUCGUCCUUCCAACCAGAAGCAGGUGGAGGAGGAGGUUAGGGCUCUACGCAUCCAGGUGGGCAACCUGUGCCAGUUUUUGCCUCAGGAAAAAGUGGGUGAGUUUGCUAAAAUGAGUAAGCCGGAGCUGCUGGAGGCGACAGAGAAGUCAGUGGGGCCUCCAGAGAUGUACAACUUCCACUGUGAACUGAAGAGCUUCCGCAACAAGGAGAGGGAUCUGGAGAAUGUGUGUAAGGAGAAGGCGAGCUUCCUGAAGAAGGCCAUGCAGAGGAAUGAGCGGAACAAGCACGACGUGGAGCGCUACCAGAAGAAGAAGAGACACCUGGAGCUCAUCCAGCUGCUGGAAAAGAAGAAGCCUUGGGUGGAGUAUGAGGAGGCGCGUAAGGAGCUGGAGCAGGUGAAGAAAGAGCGUGAGGAGGUGCGGAAGAGUCUAAAGGAGCUGAAGGAGCAGCGAGCACCCAUGCUCAGAAAGAUCCAGAGCAUCGACAACCGCCUGCAGCCUACCAACGACCAGAUCAGAGAGAUGACUGCAAACAUCCGAGAGGCAACUCAGAAAUGCAAGCAGAAGCAGGACCAGCUGGAUAAUAAGAACAAACAGAUCGAGGAUAUUAAGCAGUCCCUGAGCCUGAAGCAGGCGGAGGAGGCUGAUCGCCAGAAGCGCAUGGCGAACACGCGCCACCUCAUCGCCGACCUGCAGGCCCAGCUGGAGCGCUGCGGUGACCAUGACGACCUGGGGCCACGCCUGGACGAGCUGCACCGCCAGCUGCGGUCCAAUCAGGAGGACCGGGGCAAAGUGGAGGGGGAGCGAGCGGAUCUGAGGAGGCAGAGGGACAGAGACAUGGCUGAACUCAGACUACUGCAGAACCGUAUGCGCAGCCUUGAGGACAUGCUGAAUCGUAAGGAGGAGAAGCUUCGCAGCCGCUUCACAGAUACCCACAAGGCUUUGCUGUGGCUGAGGCAGAACAAACACCUCUUCAAUGGGAAUGCAUACGAGCCCAUGAUGCUGGAGAUCCGAGUCCGUGAUGCUCGCCAUUCUAAGUACAUUGAGAGCCACAUUCCAGUGAAUGACCUGCGAGCCUUCGUCUUCCAGAAGCAGGAGGACAUGGAGAGAUUCAUGGUGGAGGUGCGUGAUUCUCAGAACCUGCGUGUAAAUGCAGUCAUCGCACCACCGGACUCUCAUGCCUCCAAACCCCCCAGUAGACCUCUGGACUCUCUCAAGCGCUUCGGCUUCUUCUCAUACCUGCGGGAGCUGUUUGAUGCACCUGAUGAGAUCAUGAGCUACCUGUGCUACCAGUACCGCGUCAACGAAGUACCUGUCGGAACAGAGCAGACCAAGAACAUGAUUGAAACGGUGAUCAGGGAUUCCCAGCUGAGGAUGAUCUACACGGCGGAUGAGAAGUACACGGUGAAGAAGUCGUCGUACUCCAGCAAGACCAUCUCCAGCAACUCGGCCCUCCGGCCGCCGCAGUUCCUCACCGUCACCAUCGACGCAGAGGAGAAACGCCAGCUGCAGGAGCAGCUCAGGGUUGUGGAGGAGCGCGUGAGAGACAUCGACGCUCAGAUGGGGGCUCUGCAGGAGCGGCAGGUGCGGCUGGAUCAGCGGGACAACGAGCUCCGAGCUCAGAAGAAAGAGCUGUCCGACCUCAAGGGCAAGAGGAGGCAGCUCGAACAGAAGAUCAGCACCAAGCAGGACAGCCUGAGGCAGAUGGAGCAGAGUGCAGUGGACCUGCAGAGGGUGGAGCAGGACAGCCAGCAGAAGGUCUGUGCCGUCCACACCCAGAAAGUUGCCAUCGCCGCCGAGUUUGUUCAAUACAUGAAGCGCCGGGCCAACCUGAGCAGAGAGAAGGUGUGUUUGUCUCUGGAGACGGUGGCUCUGACUGCAGAGAAAAACCAACUGGAGUCGGAUUGCAGAGAGGGAUCAACAGAGCUGCGAGCGAUGGAGCAAAGAUGUGCUGAUCUGGACCGUCGGAAGGCGUCUCUGUUGAGCACAUGUAAGAGUCUGAUGCAGCGCGCCAGCGAGAAAUGCAACAUGAGACCGGGAGAGGUGGCCGUACCCCCAGAGCUACACGACGUUUUCAGCAUGCUGCCCAACACCCUGGAGGACAUUGAGGCAAUGUUGAAUGAGGAAAGAACCCGGGCGGAACUCUUCACCGGCAUCAGUGAAACGGUUGUGGAGGAAUACAAUCGGAGGGAGCAGGAGAUUAAGAAUCUGGAGAAGGAGCUGGAAGAGAAGAAGAGCGCUCUGGACACCUACAGGCAGAACAUCUCUGAGGUGAAGGAGAGGUGGUUGAACCCCCUCAGGCAGCUGGUGGAGCGCAUUAAUGAGAAGUUCAGCGAGUUCUUCAGGUCCAUGCAGUGUGCUGGGGAAGUGGACCUGCACUCUGAGAAUGAGGAGGAGUAUGAUAAGUACGGGAUCCGUAUCCGGGUGAAGUUCCGUAACAGCACCCAGCUGCACGAGCUGACGCCACAUCACCAGAGCGGGGGCGAGAGGAGCGUGUCCACCAUGCUCUACCUCAUGGCCCUGCAGGAGCUCAACCUGUGUCCCUUCAGGGUGGUGGACGAGAUCAACCAGGGCAUGGACCCGGUGAACGAGAGGAGAGUGUUUGACAUUGUGGUCAGGACGGCAUGCAAGGGGACCACCUCACAGUACUUCUUCAUUACACCAAAGCUCCUCCAGAACCUGCAGUACGCAGAUGAGAUGAUGGUCCUGUGUGUGCAUAACGGAACGCACAUGCUGCCGCCCAGUGACUGGAGCAGCCAGGCCUUCCUUCGCCGACGUGCCCGUCAGAGGCCCAGUCACCAUGGAAACUGAACGUUGGCCCGCUGCAGGUGGACCCGGGUCGGUUCUGACUCAAGAGUUCGUUUCUGUUCCAAAGUGUUUACUCUGCUAGUCAAAAAGUGCCUUAAUGCACCUGCUACAUUCCCUGUUCCUAUGUCUGUGUUGUGUUUGUGUGUGAGGAGGAGCCUUCAGUUGAAGCUGUUAAGACUUGAGUCAGUCAGUUUGUCUAGCUGUUCCGAAUCAAUUGUUUCAUAGUAAAGAAAUCAAAUAAAACGUGUUAGUUUUGAAAUUA